CACAUCCUAUCAGGACAACACCUGCAACCACAUCUUAUGAGCUUAACACCUUCCUCUAACGGUCUGGCCGCGUCCAUGGCAUAGCUUUGGAUUGGAUACCUGUACGAUGGCGACAACAUGGUCCUGGUCUGUCUAAUCUUUCCAAAGGCGUCGAAGGAGCUCCAGGUUGCAGCGGCAAGCUGCUGCUAUCUGGUUACUAACAUGCAAGCCACAUAAUCAUAAGUAUCCAUGUUGCCGGUGUGUUUAGACAAAGUUGGUCAUGAAUGAUACCCCUGGUGGGCUCCCCAUAUAAAAGGGAUGAGACAGUUCCCCCCCGGUCUCCCCAGACCACUGUCUCGCACCGCAGAGAGGGUCUUGAAAUUACUAGUAGGCAAUGUCAACAUGAAAACCCAACUCCGGCUAUCAUCGUUGCUGCCGCUGGCGGGUCUCGUCUCCGCUUGUUUACGAGAAUUCAACCUCAGUCCCCGGCAUACACACCGCAAGCCGGUCGCCCGUCGGAACGAGGAGUGGCCGCCCAUUCUGACCGAGCAGGAGUCGAUCCUCGUCAAUGCAUUUGACAGCAACAGCAUUGAUGACUGGUCUGCCUACUACGGCCACCAGGUCAAGCUGGCAGGCCUCGGCCGGGAAGCUGCCGAGUGGACAAGGGAUCGCUUUAGCACGAACGGGUUCAACGCGGCCCUCAACGAAUACCACGUCUAUCUAAGCUACCCGGUCCACCAGGCGUUGGCAAUCACCUACGGCAACGGCACGACGGCCCCUGUCGAAAUCCAAGAAGAUCCUCUCCCCGAAGACGACGUAACAGGCAGGCCAGACCGUGUUCCUACCUUCCACGGCUACUCGGCCUCGGGCAACGUGACUGCUGAAUAUGUCUACGUGGGCCGUGGUACGGGCGCGGAUUUCGAAAGACUCGUGGAAUUGGGCGUCGAGCUCGAGGGCAAGAUUGCGCUUAUCCGAUAUGGCAGCAUUUUCCGCGGCCUAAAAGUCAAGAAUGCCCAGAAUCAUGGCAUGAUCGGAGCCGUCAUAUUCACCGACCCGGCCGAUGACGGCAACAUGACGGUGGCCAAGGGCGUUGAGCCUUAUCCGCACGGCCCAGCUCGACACCCAGGUUCAGUGCAAAAGGGCUCCGUUCUGUUCCUGUCGACAUAUCCCGGCGAUCCGACUACACCGGGCUAUCCUUCCGUGGAGGGUGCGCCGCGUGCGGAUACUUCGUUCGUGGUACCCGGCAUUCCAUCGUUGCCCAUCUCUUACCGAGCAGCUCAGCCGCUGCUGCGCGCUCUGGAUGGCCACGGACUUACGGCCGAAGAGGUCAACCGCACCGCCUGGAAGGGCGCGCUCGAGGCCGAAUACCGCACCGGACCCGCGCCCGGCGUGAGACUGUCGCUCGACAAUCUGAUGAGGGAGGAGAUCACCCCUAUCUGGAAUGUCAUUGCUUACAUCAACGGGACGAACGCAGAUGAGACCCUUGUCAUUGGGAACCAUAGAGACACCUGGAUGAUUGGUGGUAACGGCGAUCCCAACUCUGGUUCUGCCAUCCUCAUGGAGCUCAGCAGGGCAUUCAAAAAGCUCCUGGAUGCAGGCUGGAAGCCGAAAAGAAACAUAGUCCUUGCUUCUUGGGACGCGGAGGAGUAUGGGAUGAUAGGCUCCACUGAAUGGGUUGAAGAGCAUGUCAACUGGCUGAAAGAGACCGCCAUCGCCUAUCUCAACAUCGAUGUUGGCGUGUCCGGGCCCCGGCCUGGGCUCGGAGCGACCCCGGAGCUCCACACCAUCGGCACCGAGCUCAUGAAGAAGAUCAUUCACCCCAACUUCGGGGGUUUUAACAGGAGCCUCUUUGACGCCUGGCAGGAUGUUACAAGUGGCCACGUUGAGGUUCUUGGUAGCGGGAGCGACUUCACGUCCUUCUUGCACGUCGGUAUCAGCUCGGUUGACAUCAGUUCCGGAAACGGCCCGACAGAUCCCGUCUGGCACUACCACAGCAACUACGACUCGUACCAUUGGAUGUCCACCUUUGGCGAUCCCGGCUUCCAUCUCCACGCCGCCAUGGGCCAGUAUCUCUCCCUGCUAGCCUUCCAUCUGCUCGAUGACGACGUCCUGCCCUUUGACCUGCCCAACUAUGCGGUCGAGCUGCGUGCCUACUACGAGGACCUUGCCGACGAAAUCGAGGAGUCCGGCACAGCACUCGACAUCUCUCCGCUUGUCGCGGCGAUUGACGCCUUUGAGGAGCGGGCGAAAGAGAUCAACGACCUUGCGCGGCAGGCGGCCGCACUUGGCGACAAAGGUCUGAUCAAGCUGGUGAAUACCAAGUAUCGCGAUUUUCAGCGCGGUUUCGUCUCCCAGGGAGGUCUGCCGACGAGGGAGUUUUACAAGCACGUGGUCAUGGCGCCGGGUCUUGAUACGGGAUACGCCGCCGUCACAUUUCCGGGUGUGUCGGAAGGAGUGCAGUACGGAAAUUUCUCGAUUGCGGCAGAGUGGGUGACUAGGACGGCGAACGGGAUACUGAGAGCGGCAGAAAUCCUUAAGCCUUGAUGCGAUGAGUCUAGUACUCGGUAAUGAAGCAUCAAUGCUUUCAAACAGUGCUGGGACUGAUGGUCUCCGGCAUAAUUUGAAUGCGGUCGGGGUCUACGGUCUGGGUAACCACUCGUCAGAGCCGGACACCCUGCCUGGAAUGCCCCGAGUCUGGGGCCGACAAACAUUUGCUUGUGGACUAUAAUACC